AUGGCGUCAACCUUGCCCAACGAACAAUUUCCCUCGUGUGUGCGGUGCAAAGAUUCUAUAACCACUGGGCACGCGUAUGAGCUAGGUUGUGAUAGAUGGCACACGCAUUGUUUCUCAUGCUAUAAAUGUGAGAAACCAUUAAGUUGUGAAUCUGAUUUUCUAGUACUUGGAACUGGUGCCUUAAUUUGUUUCGAUUGUUCCGAUUCAUGCAAAAAUUGUGGUAAGAAAAUUGACGAUCUGGCCAUUAUAUUGUCUUCGUCAAAUGAAGCUUAUUGUUCAGAUUGUUUCAAAUGUUGCAAGUGUGGUGAUAAUAUUGCUGAUUUGCGAUACGCAAAGACCAAGCGGGGCUUAUUCUGUUUAAAUUGCCACGAGAAGCUAUUAGCCAAAAGGAAAUAUUACGAGGAGAAAAAAAGACGACUUAAAAAAAAUUUGCCCAGUCUUCCUACUCCCGUGCUUGACAAUGAUUCUAUUGAUGUAACUUCAAUUACGGCAGUUGCACCCAAAAGGUCAUCUAGUAGACCUGUAUCACCGGUUAAGAAAAUAUCCUUAGAGUCCGAAUCUAUGAAAGAUAUAGCAAUAGAAACCAACUCGAGCGAUAUCAUUCCGCAUUUCAUCACUGGGUAUGAUGAUAGCGACGAUAAUUCUGGAAGUUCGAAAUUCGGUUCUAAUAUUUCAAUAGACAUUAUAGAACCACAGCAAGAUAGCGCGGAGCAUGCAAAAGAUGAGAAAGUAGAAGAGGUGAAGGUGCAUUCUAGAAACGCAUCGCUUGACAUAGCAUUGGAUGCUACUCCAAGUCAUAAGGUCUUGUUGGGCAACACGGAACCUCCGAGCCGCUCUAAGAUUUUAUUAAACAAAACACCAUUAAGGAAUUCAUCCGGACAAUAUGUCGCAAAAUCUCCAAGUUCUUAUAGACAGGGUAUAGUUGUUAAUGAUAGCUUUGAGGAAAAUAACCAGGUCGAACCUCCAAAUGACGGUUCCCGAACCGCAAGUGAGCUGUUGAGCUCGGUAUUACAUAGCCCUGUUUCUGUUAAUAUGAAAGAUUCGGAGGGGCUCGAUUUGGAUCUUUUCAAUGCUAGGUCGGUCUCCCAUAUGGCUCCUUCACUAUCAAUGAAUGGUUUGAAUAAUAUCCGUGGAGAGAAAAGCCAAUCACAAACUGUUGGUGUAAAAGGGGACAGAAAUAGCAAUGAUUUGAUCUCUACCCAACAACAGCAAGCAGCGAAAUCUUCUUCCCACUCGAACGAUAACGGAAAUAAUAAGAAAAUAUCAAGGUCACUGUCACGAAGGUCUAAAGAUCUGAUGUAUAAUCUGAAGUCUAAAGCUACAAGUAAACAAGAUAAUAGCAUUAAGCUUUCACCUGCUUCUAAACCUUCCUCGAGAGGAUCACAGGAGUUACUUAGAGAGUUUGAUACGCAUCCUAGUUUGGGCACUACAAGUACCAACAGCAAUUAUAUAGACACCUUGGUGAAGAACCAAAAAAACUUAAAUCCAAAGGGAUCUGCUGACAGUAGUAUUCCCAAAACCAAUUCUGAUAUAGGACACAGCGCCGAUGAACUGAACUAUCUUGGAAUAAAAUCACCGUCACCAAUUGGUCAUUUAUUACAAUCACCUGCCACACCAAGUAAUGUAUCCAUGUAUCGAACCCCGCCUUUGGAAAGCUCACUAACAUUCGAUAGGAUGAAUGGAUCUUCAUAUAGUAAUCAUAAUCAUAGUCUACCUAGUUGGCAAAAUACUCCAAAGACACAGUUGGAAAAGAAAGGCAAUCUCGAAGGACAAAGUAACGAAUCUAAAGAUAGAUCGUCUUUCGAUAAAGAAAUCACAGCAGCUGAGUUACAUUUAAAGAAACUAAACAUAAACUUAAAGGAACUCGAAUCUCAAAGGGAGCAAUUGAUGAAAGAGAUUAAUGAAAUGAAGUCUACAAAAGAAACGCUACGCCAGCAUAUCGAAGCCUUUAAUAUCGAAAGAAGUAAAUUAUAUCUAGAUUCAAGCGAUUCUUCAGAGAAUCCUCCUACAAUAAAGGAAACUGGUCUGGACGGAUUAUCACCUAUGAGGCAUGUUGCAACCACAAGCUCUGUAACACGCAGUUCUGUUAAACCGAAAUUCUGGAAGUUCUUUUCAUCUACCAAGCCCCAAGCCGAGCAAUCUAUACAAGGUACAAAUACCAGCAAUCUGAAUUCCGUCAUCAAAGCCGCUCCAGUUUUGCAUUCUGUUCCUUUAGCUACUAGCAACUCCGGUCGUAUAGAAAUCUCACCUCCUGUAUUGCAGAAUCCUAACGAAUUUAGUGAUGUAAAAUUGGUCCCUAUUGAAAAUAGUGGAAGCAUGGCACUAAAUAAGGAUACCGAAGAUUAUUCGGAUGGAAGCAAUCUGUACGGUUCAACUCUGGUUGCUAGGUGUAAUUAUGAAAAAAACAAAAUACCGAUGUUACUAUCUGUCUGCAUAGAUUUUAUCGAGGCAAACGAGGAAAAUAUGAAGUCAGAGGGUAUAUAUAGAAAAUCAGGGUCACAGCUAGUCAUUGAAGAAAUUGAAAGGCAAUUCUCCCUGUGGCAGGUACAACAUGAUAACGAAAUUCCUAAUAUUUUAACAGAUCAAGAUCUGAAUGCUGUCACUGGUGUAUUGAAAAGAUAUUUAAGAAAGCUUCCUAAUCCGAUCUUCACGUUCCAAGUUUACGAACCACUAAUGAACUUGGUUAAGUCCAGAAAGAUGAUGGAGACUUUACCAUUUACGGGAGGAAAGCUAUCUCUAGAUUCCAGAAAUUCGGAUAAUUAUACUACCAGUGUAAGUGCCUUAAAAAGCAUAUUGGAAAGAUUGCCAAAGGAACAUCAUAGGGUAUUGAGGGUACUUAGUGAACAUAUCGAAAAGGUUACGAAAUACAGUGAUUGGAAUCGUAUGACACUUAAUAACUUAGCUUUGGUUUUUGCGCCUGGUUUGAUUCGUGAUUUUAGUGGAGAAAAGGAUAUUAUCGAUAUGAAAGAGAGAAAUUAUAUCGUAGCAUUUAUUUUAGUGAACUAUAGAGAGCUUUUGGCGUAG